GCCAGAACAGACACGUUGGGAAAGUGGUGCAGGACCGAUCUAGCUGUUAAACUGAAUGGAUAUUUUUUUAAAAUAAGAUGCCAGCGCAGUAGAUCGUUAAUGCAAAGAUGUAAAAAAGCUGUUUGUUGUUACAUUAACCUAGUAGGUGUGUGUUGUCAUGUGAUUCCCUGUCAGACAUGUCCUGACCCUGAAUAUUAUUAUGCGGAGAAAUUGCAGACAAUAAUUCUCGCUAGGUCAUACCCUGGUCUCAGAAAUAUUUUUUUCUAACCAGGUGCUUAUGAACUGCAGAACAACGGUGAUUUGUAUUCUAAACUCUUAUCAUAUAUUUUUAAUCCUCUGCAAAAACUACUGUAAUGAUGGAAAGGGGUAAAACAAAAUGUAUUUAUUCGUGGCAGUUAUAUCUAUACUGUCCAUUGUUCACUGAAUGAUAUCAAAUCAACGAGCAACAGCGGCAGACCAUCUUCCUACCUGAAUCUCUAAACAGGGCGAUUCGCCAAUCGACAUAGACUAGGAAAAAUGACGCCAUCGAGGAAGGGUAACGUCAUCACUGGGCGACAAAGCGUGUGUUCUGCUAAAAUAAUAUUCUGACCUAUCUUCGUCUUGACCUAUUGACUGAUAUUAGACGGAGGGGCUGCCAGCGAGGCGCAGAAUGGCGGUGUCGGCCCUCUCUCGGGCACUACGCUCCCUUGCUCUCUCACCCCUCGGCAGCAUGGCUGCUGAAAGCAGCAGACCCACCUCGCUGUCCUCGCAGGUGAGUUCUACAGUGGUGAAACAGGCUGCAGGGUGGAGACUGUGCUCCAGCCCAGCCUGCUCAAGACCACUGCUGGCUCUGCCCAGACCGCCCCUCCAGACCCUCACUGGGUUGUCAUGGCGAGGCCUUCAGACCUCUGCUGCCCUGGCUCAGAACAGGACCCUCUGGAAACAGAGAACCAAGUAUACCGUCCGCCCCAUUGGCAUGAAGAAAACUGGAGGCAGGGACCACACAGGGAAAAUCCGGAGGCAUGGGAUUGGAGGUGGGCACAAGCAGCGCUAUCGCAUUGUGGAUUUCCAGCGUCUGCGCUUCGAACCUGGGAAAGAAGGUCAGACCUUUGAGGAGAAGGUGAUCGAAGUUCGAUACGACCCCUGCAGGUCUGCAGACAUUGCUAUGGUGGCAGGGGGCAGUCGAAAACGCUGGAUUAUUGCCACUGAGAACAUGCAGACAGGUGACGUCAUCAAAACCUCUGGCGUCAUUGGCAGGAUGGCAGUCUCAGCCAAUGAGGGUGACUCAUAUGCUCUCGGUGCCCUUCCUGUGGGAACACUGGUCAAUAACCUGGAGAUCUACCCUGGCAAAGGAGCACAGUACAUCCGUGCUGCAGGGACAUGUGGAGUUCUGCUGAGAAAGGUGAAUGGAACUGCAAUUGUACAGCUACCUUCUAAACGGCAAAUCCAGGUACUGGAGACGUGCAUGGCCACCGUGGGGCGCGUGUCCAACAUCAAUCACAACAGGCGCAUCAUCGGCAAGGCCGGGCGCAACCGCUGGCUGGGCAUCCGGCCCUCCAGCGGCCUGUGGAAGAGGAAGGGGGGCUGGGCGGGGCGCAAGAUCAAGCCCCUGCCCCCCAUGAAGAGCUACGUCAACCUGGCCCCUGUGGCCGCGGUCUCCUAGCCGUCCCCCUGCCCUGCAGGACCGGGGAAGACACGCACGCGCGCCACUGCACUCUCUGUUGAACCUGGGCUGCAAGAGUGAGCACGUCCUUCUAGCACUUCCGUGUCCACUUCCUUAACUUUGUGAGUGAAGCUGUACUUUAAGUGAAUGUUAUUAAACUUGAUGCUCACACGUGGGGGGCAACACUG